UUUGAUUAACCAGAUGUUAUCAGUGUUUUUCACUUGUGACUUUCUACAAAGAACAGUGUCUGGUUGGGGGCCCUCGUCAGGUUUCAUUCAGUUAUUAGUUUCACAUAAGAGAGAUGUUUCCUCUAUUCACUUCUCACAUGGUUUUAAACUGUUUGAAACCCACAUAGAUUAAACUCUUCAAUAUCCUCAAAAAAACAAAGAUUACAGAAACUUGAAUAUGGAGUCCUCAUAACCAUUAAACUGCAUAACUGUACAGUAGUAAAAUGAGCUCCAUCUUAAGUAGCUUGGAACAGUAAAAUGCUACUUACAUAGUGAUUUCACAGUACAAACAGUUAGCAAUGUUAUAUCAGAAUACAUCAGUCGCAGGGGGCUGAAUCACCGUUUUUGCUAAUAUACUUGAAAGGAGCUAUUUUUAAGUUUUGCUCUCCUCGCUAGCAUUUAUGGCUAUUUACAUACCAGUCUUGCCUAGAGCUUCAGCCAUGGUUGCAUUGAUGAAACGAGAUGUUAUAACACACCCUCAGAGCAGCUGCUUCUUCUUCAGGGCAGACUGGACUCUGUCGAUUCGACCGGGAAGAAGUGAUAGAAAUAGAAUAGAGUACUUUUCACCUCUGGAGACAGCUCUGAGUGAGUGAGUAAAGGAAUGAAGGUUGAUGCUGAACUGGCAACAUUUCUUCUAGACUGCAUGGCCGCAGGAUGGCUGCUCUGUGGACUCUCUCUCUGCUGCUCUCUGUCUGCCUGGGAUGUUUGGGCCUGACACCCCCAGCUGACUUCCCUCAGCCCCACAUUCAGCCCCCCUCGCUGGGGUUCAACAGCAGCGAUGGUGGCCUGUCCGUGGAUCUGCCCAUGGCUCUGAGGGUUUUCAGCGUGGACUACCACCAUGUGCAGGCUCCCUUUGAGAUCGUGCUGUGGAUCAUGCUGGCCUCACUGGCCAAACUGGGUUUCCACUGGUCUGGUCGAGUCCCUGCAGUCGUCCCAGAGAGCUGUCUCCUCAUCAUGGUGGGCCUCCUGGUGGGAGGUGUGAUAUAUGGUGUUCGUCACUCUGCUCCCCCGACUCUCAGCGCUGAUGCUUUCUUCCUCUUUCUGCUUCCGCCAAUCGUCUUGGACGCAGGAUACUUCCUGCCAGGGAGGCUGUUCUUUGAAAAUCUCGGUACCAUCCUCUGGUAUGCAGUCCUGGGAACCUUAUGGAACGUGCUGGGCAUCGGCCUGUCUCUGUACGGUGUGUGUGUGUUGGCCCAGAGCUCUCUGGGAGACGUCUCUCUGCUUCACUGCCUGCUGUUCGGCUCUCUGAUCGCUGCUGUCGACCCUGUGGCCGUGCUCUCUGUCUUCCAGGAGAUGCAUGUUAACGAACAACUGCAUAUCUUGGUGUUUGGAGAGUCGCUGCUCAACGACGCUGUUACUGUGGUCCUCUACAAGCUGUUUGAGUCCUUUCUCCGUCUGCCAUCAGUGUCAGGGCUGGAUGUGUUGCUGGGUGGGUGCAGGGUGGUGGUGGUGGGCCUCGGUGGCCUGUGCGUAGGCCUCUUCUUCGGCCUGUUGGCAGCCCUCACCUCGCGGUUCACCUCCAGAGCCCAGGUCAUCGCCCCGCUCUUUGUCUUCCUCUACUCCUACUUGUCCUACCUGACCUCAGAGAUGCUUCACCUCUCUGGCAUCAUGGCCAUUGUGACCUGUGCCGUCACCAUGAAACAGUAUGUGGAGGCUAAUGUGUCAGAGCGCAGCAACACCAGCAUCCAGUACUUCCUGAAGAUGUGGAGCAGCGUCAGUGAAACCUUGAUCUUCAUCUUCCUGGGUGUGUCCACCAUACAGGACGUCCAUAUGUGGAGCUGGCCCUUUGUCUGCUCCACACUGCUGCUCUGCCUCGUGUGGAGGGCCACAGGUGUUCUGUUGCUGACCGCUGUGGUGAACAAGCUCCGGAGGAAUGCUGUGACCUUUAGAGAUCAGUUCAUCAUCGCCUACGGUGGCCUGAGAGGGGCGAUCUGUUUCUCCCUGGUCUUCCUCAUCGAUGACUUCCCAAAGAAAAGACUCUUCAUCACAACAACCAUUGUGGUCAUUCUCUUCACUGUCUUUGUACAGGGGAUGACCAUUAAGCCUCUGGUAGAGCUGUUGGAUGUGAAGAGGAAGAAGAGAGCUCUGCCUACUGUCAGUGAGGAGAUCCACAGCAGGCUCAUUGAUCACCUGCUGGCCGGGAUAGAGGAUGUGGUUGGUUACUGGGGGCAGCACUACUGGAAAGACAAGUUUGAGCAGUUCAACAGAAAGUACCUUCGUCGUUUCCUGAUCCGUGAGGACCACCAAGCUCGCUCCAGCAUCCUCAGAGUUUACCAGGAGCUGGAGAGAAGGGAGCAGAGAGGAGACGAGGAGGCACCCCCAAUAGUGGACCCUCGCUCUCACAGCCGUCCUCUCUUACCCGAGGAGAUGGACAGCAUCAGGCGUAUCCUCUCCAGAAACCUUCAUAACUUCAACAAUAAGCAGACGCCGGCUUACAGCAGACAUACUUUGCAUCAGUACGCUACCACGGAGAAAACAAGGAGACCUCUUCACAGACACCAGAGUCUGGGAGAGAGAUACUCAUAUAAUACAAUCACACACUGGUCACAGCGGGAGGAUAGAGAGUUCGAUGGAUCACACAGAGUGAGAGCAGGACUCAGCAGGUCUCACACAGUGUGCUCCAUAAGCCCAAGGCCCAUCCUCCAGGAUUCAUCAGUCCCAACAGCCUCAGCUCAGACUGGGCAAGUGGAUCCAAAAUCAUCAGCUGCCAGAGAGGAUCGGAUCUCUCCCCAGCAUCAAAUACCCGUGGGAAGAACCCCUAAGAAACAUCUCAGCUUUGUGUUGGAGAACGAGAAGUAGCAAUGAAGACAGACUGUGAGAAAGAAAAAGAGAGGAAAAGACAUGUAAAGCAAUGAAUUCUGUAUGUUCAGCCAUUUUAAAACGGCUCCAUAAAGUAAUAAGUUACUAUUUGUCGGGUGCAAGACUGGGUUGAUGAUCGGUUUUAGCCAAUUACGGACAUUUUCCAAAUGAAAUUAUUAAACUGGGUUCAAUUAUUCA